AUGAUUCCCAGGGAGUCGAGGACUAUAUUUUCAGCCAACCUCGCUACGUCCUUAAUGUCGACACCUAGUUCCUCGAGGAAGCUCCUUGUUCUUUUUGGGAUAGUUCCGCGAGACCCAAAUCAGAGGCCUCUCACGGUGAACUCUCUCUCUCCGAAGGUCUCACGGAAUUUCUCUUUUAGGAAAGGGAUACAUUUAUCGUACGUAUUCUUCUUUUCCCUUUCCACUUCACCCGCCUGAUCGAGGUCAUUGCUCUCAAAGCGGACAGUUGGAUCCAAGAUCAGCCCUGUCCUUCCUGUCUUGGGAAAUGCGACGAUAUCAGCGU